CUCUCUCCCUCCCUCUCUCACACGCAGGCGCGCGCGCGUCUUGGACACGGCCUCUCUGUCUGUCGGACACAUGGAGACGACCUGAGCGUCUGCGAUCGACAAGUAAACAACUGGACCGAGCAGGGCUGCCACGCCUCGAGGUCGAAGCUGUUCGAUUCCCCCUGUGCGACACGACGGACUUCUUCUUCUUCUUCUUCUUCAUCUUCUUCCUCUCCGUCGCCGCAACUCAGGGUGGAAGCGAUGGAGAACGGGACUUCUGGGACGUCUGAUGACGUGGAGACGCUGUGGGAGGAGGUGGAGAGCAAACGCUACGAGCUGUGUCGCAUCAUCUCCCCGGCAAAGCUCACCCCUUACCUCCGCCAGUGCAAAGUCCUGGACGAGCAGGAUGAGGAUGAGAUCCUCAACUCCAUGCUGCUGGUCUCCAAAGCAAACCGCACGAGCCGCCUACUUGACAUCCUCCACACCAAAGGAGAGCGGGGUUAUGUGGCGUUUCUGGAGAGUCUGGAGUUUUACUACGCCGACCAGUACAAGCUGGUCACGGGAAACGAUCCGACGCGGCGCUUCUCCACCAUCGUAGCAGUGGAGGAGGGUCACGAGGUCCUGACCCAGUUCCUGAUGAACGAGGUGAUGAAGCUGCAGCAGCAGUCCAAAGUCAAGACCCUGCAGCGGGAUGAGCUCACCAGGAAGAACUGCACGCUGGAAGACGAGCAGAAGAAGCUGCGGCUGGCCAACCAGGAGCUCCAGGCCUUCCAACAGAGAUACAAUAAGUUGAGAGAAGAGAGAAACACAUACAGCGAUGAGCUGCUGAGAGUGAAGGACGAAAACUACAAACUGGCCAUGAGGUACGCCACACUGAGUGAGGAGAAGAACAUGGCGGUGAUGAGGAGCCGAGACCUUCAGUUAGAGAUUGAUCAGCUGAAGCACAGGCUGAACAAGUUGGAGGAGGAGUGUAAGAUGGAGCGGAGGCAGAGUCUCAAGCUGAAGAAUGACAUCGAGAACCGGCCCAAGAAAGAGCAGAUAUUUGAGCUGGAGCGAGAGAACGAGAUGCUCAAGAUCAAGCUACAGGAGCUGCAGUCCAUCAUACAGCCUGGUCCCCUGCCUGCAUCAGACAAGGCCAUCCUCGAUAUUUUGGAGCAUGACAGGCAGGAAGCACUAGAAGACAGACAGGAUCUGGUGAACCGCCUCUACAACCUACACGAAGAAGUCAGACAGGCAGAGGAACUACGAGAUAAGUAUCUGGAAGAGAAGGAGGAUCUGGAGCUGAAGAGCUCUACCCUGCAGAAGGACUGCGAGAUGUAUCGCAACCGCAUGGACACCAUCACCAUACAGCUAGAUGAGGUGGAGAAGGAGAGGAACCAGGCGUUUCGUGCCAGAGACGAGGCCCAGCACCAGUUCUCCCAGAGUCUGGUCGACAAGGACAAGUAUCGCAAGCAGAUCAGGGAGCUGGAGGAGAAGAGCGAUGAACUCCAGAUCGAGAUUGUACGCAAAGAGGCCAAGCUGGUCACCCUGGAGUCUCGCCUACGACGGGUGUCCAAGGACAUUGUUUUGGACCAGCAGACUCAGCUGAAGGACUUGCACCCGACCAUCGUCUCUCAGGGGGAGGAGUUUAAACGUGUCCCCGGCCAAUCAGAAUGGUCCAGCGAUGAGUCGCCAGAGGAGAGGCCCUUUUCUGAGGAGUCCCGGCUGAAACGCAGACCUAACCUCAAAGCAGGGAACAGAGUUAAGUCUCCCGUCUGUUUACAAAGAGACAGUCAAGUCAACUCAGACGCCGCUCAGCCUGCAGGUCCGCCAGUCAACGGGGGGGAUUUUCUGGAGAUUCACACGUCGAACCCGCGCCUCAAUCACAGCUCCCUCCCUCCCUCCCCCAGCUACCCGAUGUCCCCCACAUAUGCUCCCUGCUCCGCUCCUCCGCUCUCAUCCUCCUCCUGUCCCUUUCCCUCAACACUUCCUUUUAGCAUGGUGGGGCAGAGCAACAGGCCGAACAUGUUUCGCUACCGUAACGACAGUCUCCUGUCCACGCUCCCUGAACCGCCGGAGACAGGAUCGCUGUACCGCAGAGAGAUGGAGAAGGAUCACGACUUCCACCCUCGCAGCAUCUUGAACUCGGAUAGUGAUAACUUGGAUAUGGAGUAUGGGGACGAAGUCCAGCGUGGUCCUCCUUCUGUCCACUCCUCUUCCUCCUCCCAUCAGUCAGAGGGAAUGGACUCUUAUGAACUUGAGCAGGUCAACAGUAUCUUCAGGAAACUCUCUUUGGAGAGGCCGUUCCGUCCGUCUCUGUCAUCCUUCUCCAGGAACAGCUCGUCGCUGAAGCCGGUGCAGGAGCUGUCAUUGCUCGGCGACAAUAUUUUGAAGAACAUCAGUCUGGUUGGUGGCAACGACAGCGGGAUUUUCAUCUCGGCUGUCCAGUCGGGAUCCAUCGCUGAGAAGGCCGGGCUACGAGAGGGUCACCACCUCCUGCUGCUGGAGGGUUGCAUACGUGGGGAGAGCCAAAGCAUUUCAUUGGAUACCAGCACUCAGGAAGAAGCCCAUUGGACGCUGACGCACUGCUCUGGACCAGUUCGCCUGCACUAUCGAGCAAACUUUGACUCCUACCGGCGCCUUCAGAGUGACCUAGCAGAUGGCAAGCUGGCUUCUGGAGACUCCUUCUACAUACGGGUCAACCUGAACAUUUCUGUCCAAUCGGACAGCUGCUCACUGAGCGUGCGCUGCGACGAGGUGGUGCGCGUCCUGGACACCAGGCACCAGGGCCGCUGUGAGUGGCUGUGCAGCCGCGUCGACACCUACACCGGCUUGGACCAGCCGGAGUGCGGCACACUACCCAGCAACUCACGGGCCCAGCAGCUGCUCCUUGUAAAGAUUCAGAAGUUAGUGUAUCGUGGCGGGAAAGAAGAAAAUGAAAUCCAGCGCAACAGUAGGAGCAAUUUACAGCCAGAAGAAGCCAACCCCUUGCCUGACCCUAAAUCCAGCCCACGCUUGUCUCGAGCCAGCAUCUUCCUCACUCAGAUUCUACAGUUUGUCAGCAGGGUGGACAUCAAGUACAAGCGAAUGAACAGCAAUGAGCGCGUGAGGCUCGUCAACUCAGGCAGCACGACACUACCCAGACAAGGCUUUGAGAUGCUGAGACCAGAAGAUGCUGCUGACCCAGACAAUGAGCUGAGCAGGAGUUUGAACCUGAUUCCCUACAGCCCCGUCACCCCCCAGAGGACUCAGAGGAGGAGGCCGGUCCUAUUCAGCCCCACUGCUCUGGCCAAGACCAUUAUCCAGAAAAUACUGAACAUGGGGGGAGCCAUGGACUUUGACAUCUGCAAACCAGACACCCUGUCCAAAGACGAGUUUCAUCUGAAACAGAAUGUGGAGCCCUUUAUUCACUACAAAGAGAAACAAGCCACAUUUGAAUGCAUCACCCGAGAAAACAUUGAGGCUGUUGCUGCCAAGGGUAAACACUGCCUGCUGGAGGCCGAGCUGAGCUGCGUCAAAGACCUGCUGCGGAGGGAAAUCUACCCGAUCAUCCUCUAUGUCAAGAUCUGCGAGAAAAAUGUCAAGAAGUUACGGAAGUUGCCCCUGCGCAUCGAGUCGGAGGAGGAGUUUGUCAGAUCGUGUCGGGUGACAGAGAAGGAGCUGGAGGGCGUCCCCUGCCUCUACGCCAGCCUGGAGCCCGAGGCCUGGGCAGGGACGGAGGACCUCAUCAGGGCCAUCAAAGACCGAAUACUAGAUGAGCAGAAGAAGAUGGUCUGGGUGGAGCAGGACCUCCUGUAGACAAUCACACACACACACACACACACACACACACACACACACACACACACAAUGUGCAGCAGAACACCAUAAGCCAAAAAAACUCUUGCAUAUCAUGCCUUUGUACUCCGGCUGAAUAAUGGACACUCAAAUUGUUUUAGACUUAAAAUGAAUGGAUUAUAUAUUUUGUGUGCAUUUCCUUGAGAGAAAUAAACAUAUUGAAAACAUAAAUAUGGUUAUUAUCUCCUUGAAAAGCACUACUGUGAGCUGAACUUUCACUUUCUGUCCUUCACCCGGGCCACACUGACCUCUAUAGGCUACAGUAAGGUUUUCAAACUGUAAAAACUUAAAUCAAUACACACUGUAUAAAUAUUAUUUAUUAAUGAAAGUCUUUAUUUGCAUUUUCUCCUGAAAUGUUACAUAAAUAGAGAGAGAGAUGUAAAAAUAAAAAUAAAUCAUUACAAUUUUAAUAGAAUAAAGUAAAAUAUAAUUGAAUUUAAUAUUUUAGAGAACUUUUUUUUUCAUCAUGGCCAACAAAUGUGUAAUUGACAUAUUUAAAUACUAAUCAGUAUACUUUGUUCUGUUGUGACCCCUUCAUAUGAAGCAGUAUCUCCCUGUGACCCCUUGUCACCAGUCGAAUGUCUACAUUUUGUGGGAUAGUCAGCUAUUCCUCUGAUUUUAUAUUAUUAUUAUUAUUUUUUUUUUUUUAUUGAUUUUCUUUCUACCAGCAUUUAUCGGAAAGAAUUGUGAGGAUAACCUUUUUUCCUCUAAUUUGUACAAAGGUGAUCUUACAGGGGUCCUGACCCAAGGUUGGGGACCACUGAUGUAAACCAAUACAAGCAUGUAUACAUAAACAUUGAUUUAAUUUAUUAGCUGAUAUUAGUCUGUGUAUUAAAAGGCCUGUCAAUCAA